ACCCUGCGCGUUAGCCUCUGUUUGCCGACAGAUGAGACCGCCUCGCUGCUUUUUGCUACAGCUAGAAGAAGUCGUAUAAUUUAUUGAUAUUAAAUUAUAUCAGAAAUUUCAACCGGAGCAAUAAUAUUUUACAAUGGCUAGGUACAUGAGGCCCCCUAACCCCUCACUCUUCAUUAGAAACAUCUCCGACGAAUCCAGGCCAGAGGAACUACGCCGUGAAUUUGGUCGUUAUGGGCCUAUUGUAGAUGUCUACAUUCCACUUGACUUCUCUACAAGGCGACCAAGAGGAUUUGCUUACAUUCAAUUCGAGGACGUGCGAGAUGCAGAGGAUGCCCUCCACAACCUGGACCGCAAAUGGGUGUGUGGCCGACAGAUCGAGAUCCAGUUUGCACAGGGUGACCGAAAAACCCCCAACCAGAUGAAGACGAAGGAGAGCUCUCCUCGCAGAGGGUCCCGCAGCAGCUCCUUCUCCCGCUACGACGACUACGAACGCGGUGAUGGCCGACGCAGACGCUCUCGCAGUCGCAGCUACGAAAGGCGCCGGUCACGCAGCCCUUCCUGCGACCGCCGUCCUCGGAGGUCGGAGAGCCCUAGAGACUCUCGAUCAUAUGGCAGGCACAGGCGAAGCAGAAGCCAUGAGAAUGACAGGUACAGGGGCCCUCCACGUGAACACAACAGGAUGCACCAUGCACCCCUGUCUCGUAACCGCUCCGCCUCCCACUCCCCCUCUCCUCCCAGAUCCAGGCCCAAAGACACAAAGUCCCAGUCCAAAUCACCCAGCCCCGUCAAGGACUUCCACCCCUCUUCUGGCACCCAGAAACAGGCCUGUGGACGCUCCUACUCCAGAUCCUUGUCCCGAUCGCGCUCUCACUCCAGAUCCUAGGACCUCACACCCUCAAACCCUGUUACUCUGUCGCUAAAUAUGUUUAUUUUCAACACUAUAACAUAUGAAUAUGGAGGCUAGUGAGUGGUUAUUACACAAUACCACCUCAGUUCAUUAGUUGAGUUAUCAUGAUAUCUCUGGGCUGAUGCCAUACAACAGGAGAGCUGGUUGUCCCUACAGAUGGAUAGUAAUUGUUAAUGUUAGUUCAGUUUCAUUUACCUCUGAAGAACAUUGUCUGUUUAAUUUACCUUCAUAUUGGUUUAAUUCUAUUAAUUGAACCCAAUGGAAUUAAGUUCAGCACAUUAGAAUUGGUCAACUGUAUAAAAUAUGAAGGUACUGCUUUUUUGGGGCUAACAGGUAUUCUUCACCUCUGGCUACAGAACAGGUUGAGAGUGCAAAAAGACGAAGUUAUAAAUCUGGAGUUUGCAGUGAUAUCUAGUCAAGUUUACUGUUAUUAUUUUUUUUACAUUUGAUGUAGCUAAAAUGUCCAGCAUUUUUUUUUUUUUUGAUCAAUUGUUUUUAUUAAAUAUCCUGUAUUAUUGA